ACUCUAACAGCUGUCGAGUUUGAUGUUUAUUGUCUGGAGUCACGACUUACUGAUGUCCUGAAGAAAAUGAAAACGUUCAUCCAAGACAGCUAUUUAUUCGACUCCAAUUUCUACCGCCUACGAUAUUCAAGAACCGCUGUACAUUGUCAUCCACCGACAAUGAACGUCAUAUCAGAUCUAACAAGCUCAAGAACUGCUUUAAGUUUCAGGGGUUCAUCUCCUUCUUUCAGGAUCGAAAUUACCCACAAUUGCUCGAUGAAGCCCACAAUCUUUACCAGCUGCAGCUUCGCAGUUAUCCAUCAAAAGACUGGUCGUCUGUCAUCCUUCGUUCCAAUUAGUUCGCCAAACGCUCGUCAARUUACCUUUAACCCAAAUGCCUAUAGAAAUUAUCAUCUUAUUUAUUUACAGUGUCAAGCUAAUACUCAUGGUUUUGAAGGAAACUUUGCGCAAAAUUACAGAUUUAUAAGAAUUGUUGAGGCAAAACUGGUUCCUAGAAUAAAAGGCUCUGAAUACGCUAUCAAAGGUGGAAACAGCCUGGUGCUUGAUGGCUCUGAAUCACACGUGAAUAUAAAAGACGAAUAUUCAGAUUCUAUCCGCAUGACUUUCUCUUGGUAUUGUCAGACUGGGAAUAUUAGUGAUGUGAGAACAGGAUCCAAGGCAAGUGAUGGCAUAGAACUUAGAGCAAGAGGUUGUUUUAACAAUUCCAUAGAAGAACCCAUUUCGAGAAACAAAACUUUGAAUAUUGACAAUAUUUAUCUUACUGAAAGAGAAAUCUAUGUGUUUAAACUUAUUUUUCAAGCAAAUGGGCUCGCUGCCAGUAUCAAACAACAGGUUGCUGUGGAAAAGCACACAAUUGUAUCAAUCGUUUGCCUCUCUAACUGUUUAAAGAAAAUCAAUCCGCAAAAUAAGCAAAUACUUCGUUCCGAAUGCGACGGUGGAGCUUGUCGGAAACUGAAAACCUACCAGUGGACAUUUUACUUAUUCAAUAAAGACUCCAACAAAUAUCAAGCGCAAAGAAUAUUGGGAAAUGUUACAAGUAGCUCUGAGGGUGGAAUCGUGUUUGUGAUAAAUGACUUCAAGGAGCUUAUCGGUCAUCAAAGCGAUGAGGAUCAGAAAUACAAGAUUAAAUUAGUUGCAUAUUUGGACGCUUAUACCUAUAUAUCUACAGAAAGGCACCUUAUUCUAAACGGAGUCCCAAAGACUGCAAAUGAAAAACAUGGAUGUGAUGUCAGCCCAACUGUUGGCAUCGCAAUGGAAACAUACUUCAACAUAUCAUGCAAAAACUGGGAAGAUGUCGAUGUUCCCCUUAACUAUAAAUUCAUGUAUCUCGGUGAAUUUGGGACGAUUCUCCUCAAGUCUGGUAGCACUUCUGAAAUUAGUACCAAACUUCUUCCUGGAGACAAGGAAUCCAACUUCAAGUUAGAAAUUAUCGUUAAUAUAAAUGAUGCUUACGGGGUGUCUUCGACAGUGGGACUUGAAGCCAAGGUUCUGCUUCCUUCGGAGCAAGAAGCCAAUUCAGUUAUCCACAACACUGACAGCAAACUAAGGUCUUUGUUGAAGACAGGAAAUUCUGACGAAGCUGCUGACCAGUCAUUGUUCGUGUUAUCGUUGCUUAACUCAUUCAAGAAAAAUCUACAAACAGAUACCAAGGCAAAGGAUGAUAUUCUGAAUCAAAUGAGCCAAGCCGAAGUAAACUCCAUAUCGCAAGUUUCUAAGUGUGCAAGUGUCGUUAAAACUGCUUCAAAACAGAAAGCAAAGUUAACUCAAACAGCUCAGACUAAUACUCUUGCACUCAUUGAAAGCGCAUCAAAAGCGAUGACGUCAAAUUUAAGCAAUAAAAGCGCCAAUCUUAACCUCGCAAUGGUGGAACUUUUUUCGGGCAAUUUAGUGGAAGGAGUGAGCAAUGUAUUACACUCUUCUCUGGAAAACUCAACCAUGACUGCAGUUGCAGGUACUACUCCUAAGAACCCAAAUGAAGCUAGCGAGGAGAAGGGAGUAAAUAUAACAAGAAGGUCAACAAAGCUGCUCAAGGACAUUGCAAAUAGCAUAACAUCCCUCACAACCAUCGGUGAUGGCCCAAGAGUUUUACGAACGAGGAGUGUCGUCAUUCAAGUAGAAAAAAGCACGCCAUCUUCAUUCAAUAACAAAGUUAUAAGAGAUGAAGAAAAUGUUGAGAUUAUGUUACCGGCUUCUCAAGAUUUGUUUUCAAACACUAAUUCUACGCCAAAGCUUAUAAGCUGUCAGAUGCUGGAAUACCCAUUAAAUCCGUUUUACUGGCAUCCAAGUUCUAUAGCAGUCAAAUCAUCAGUUGCAGACAUAAGUCUACAGACUGAAAACAACCAUAUCUUGAAGAUUUCCUCUCUGAAAAAUCCGAUCAGUCUCAUACUGAAGAAGGAGCGUUUUGAUAUUAAAGGCGAUAUUUCUCGUUCCUCCAACCCGUCGUUUUUCCUAAAGCCUCAUUCAAAUAACAGUGAUAACAUGCGCUACCACACAAUAUUUGUGCCUUCGAUGUAUAUGACAGUAACAGUAACUCUUAUUCCACAAAAGGGAAAAGAAAUUGAAGUCUUUGUAAGCCCAAUGAACAGGCCAACAUCUUCCAAUUACAGUUAUGCUACAAAAAUUCCUGAUGUUUCUUCAUGUACGGACAAAGACRUCAACAGUUUUAAGCCAGCAAAUUGUUCUCGUGAUCCUUAUGCAAUUGAAAUCACGAGCAACAUUACUGGUAAGACAGGCUUACAUUUCGUAGGUCUACGACUUCUCCACCAUAAACAAAAUAAAAGUCUACCUGUAAAUACAACAAAGACUGUCUGGAGAAGAUCAGUUCUACAAGAGUUCAGCCUUCUCCAGCACCAUAAUCUUGCCAACAAACAGAAGAAUAUGAAAAAUAUCAAAGAUCCUCCUCCUAUUCCUGCUCCUUCAAAGUUUGUUCUAGAUGUCCAGAUUUAUAAUCCAGAGACUGAUGUUAGUUACCAGUUGAGUAGUUCAGUGUCUGCAUGCAUGUUCUGGUCUGAAGCAGAGCAGCAAUGGAAAAGUGAUGGCUGUAAGCUUGGAACAAAGUCUAAUUCAACUCAUAUCCAUUGCCUGUGUUAUCACAUGACCGCGUUUGGAGGCGACUUUUUCAUAGCUCCAAACCCCAUUGACUUCGACAAGAUUUUCUUUGAGUUCACCCAACUUGGAGAGUCAAAGAACUACGUAGUCUUAUCAAUAGUCUUUAUCAUUUGGUUGGUGUACUUUGUUGGACUUGUUUUUGCAAGGAAAGCAGAUCUCUACGAUAAACAAAAGAUUGUAAGCUGUUAUGUAAAUCCAUCGGAAGAGUCAAUUGGUAAUGACUUAAAAACUUACAGAAUAUCAAUACAAACAGCUUCAUGGAUAGGUUCUGGGACAACGGCCAGUGUCGGAAUGACAAUAUAUGGUGAUGAUGCAAAUAGUUUGGUAUCUUUGUAUUUCAACAACACUGAUUCUGACAAAAAGCUGUUUGCAAGAGGAAGUGUUAAUACAUUCUUUGUCAGCCUACCGGAAACUCUUAACAAUAUUUUUAAACUCACAAUAUGGCACGAUAACUCCGGAAGCGAGCCUUCUUGGUUUCUUCAAGAUGUCCUCAUAUCAGAAGAGGAUGGUUCAAAGCAAUGGAACUUUUUGGCCAAUCGUUGGCUUGCAGUCGAAAAAGAAGAUCAUUGUACCUCUGCUGACAUUUUCUUGACAGAAGAUAACGAGUUAAUGAAGUUUAAGAAUCGACUUUACACAAGAGCAGCAAAGCAAUUUGCAAACGCUCAUUUAUGGCUUUCUCUCUUUACCAAAAGUGUCCACAGUCCGUUUACCAGGUGCCAAAGACUUUCCUGUUGCUUACUGGUCGUAAUGGCAACGAUGGUAUCAAAUGCAAUGUUCUAUCAGUUCGGUACCAAGUUCAAUGACAUAUUUCUCAUUGGUCCUUUGCAAGUCAGUUUGAAUGGAAUUAAAACUGGGAUUCAAAGCAGCCUCAUUGUCCUUCCUAUUAGCAUUAUUACUGUUCUGAUCUUUGAUAACGUCAAGCAGAAACAAGUUAACAAAAAGUAA